CACCUUCCACCAGCAAUUGCGAUUGCCAUUUCCAUGUCGCUGACCCUGCUCCCAGUCCCACUUCCAGCAAGCCUGCGUGGACAAUGCGUGCGAGGCUUUUCUUCCGCCGUCCGCCGCUGCAACAAUGACAUAUUGAACAUUCUGCAAGGGUCGAAGGCCUCGCAAAGUCACCCAUCCAAUGCCGCGCCCAGACCUGCCCCCCAAACUGCCUCCCCGUCCCGCAGUACCUUCGCUCAGCAACUGCUGCCAAAUCCACGGUCGACGGCUGCAGAGUCGGAAAGAUCGGCCAGGGUCGAGGCCUUCUCGCGCCAGAUUUUCCGCAAGUGGCAGCCUGGCGAUGUGUACGCACCACAUGACCUGUCCGGCCCGGAGCAGAAAAAGUGGAAAUUUGGACGGCAGACACCUCAGACCGAUGCCUUUGACACACUGGGCAUCAACCCUGUCAACGAAUACAAGAAUUUCACGAUGAUGUCUGAGUAUAUGACGGAAAUGGGACGGAUAAAGCACUCCAACCAGACCGGUCUGCGACCCGUCAACCAGCGAAAGAUUGCAAAGGCGAUAAGAAGGGCCAUUGGUCUGGGUCUGAUGCCUAGUGUGCAUAGGCACCCUCUGGUUCUGAAGAAAAGCUCCCCGACCCGUUUUUUAUGAGCUCGCAAGCACUCAUGUUCGAGGCGUAUUGAGACAUUGUAACAUCAUUGCAUAGCAAGCGUAGAAGCGAUACUUGUACAAUGCAUGUACAUUGACACAUCUUUCUCCGCGUAUCGAACUUAUCACAGCUCUACUACUCACAGUUUUCUCUGAAUCGUCACCCCAG